CGGUCAGGCCACGCCCAACUAAAGACUAUCCAUAAGAGUUUACGAUAGAGAUAAUUAUAUCAUAAUACUCUUGAUAAUAAUUAUGGCUGAUAUUAGCCUCUCAUCUCCUUGAUCGAGUAAAGUUAUACCCAAGAGAUCAAGACUAGAUAUUCGAUUGCAGCAUAGAUUGAAGAGUUAGAUUGCAGCCGGAUAGACCAACAAGGUAAACCAUCAGAUGUCUUCUGAAAGAAGGCGUUUCUCAGUGCUGAGUAAACUGGGACAAGCCCAGUCAAAAAUCACAGCCCUCGAGGAUUUCAUUAGAGAGAGGGAGCGUCAAUUCCAUACAGCUGUCACCCGAUUAGAGAGGAGUGAAUCUCGACCACCACCCACAACUGCAUCUAGAAGAAGAGUAGGGCUUACUCAUGACUUGCUUCGUAUGCAUAGCCUUAGCAGCACGGAAGAGAAUCCUGAGGACAGUGAAGCUGGAAAUAUUUUUGGUCAGCCAUUGAAAGAGCACAUCCAGCUGAAGAUUGCUCGUGUCCUAGACACUGGUAAUUGUCAUAUUCCAUUCAUUCUGAGACGUCUCGUAUCGCGCGAGUAUCAUAUUGGGCCUGAGGGUGCUAUCAUCGGUUCUGGUCCAACGUCUACUAUCCGUCUACCUAGCGAGGCUAGAAUUUUGGCCAGUCAUGUUAGCAUCAAGUGGAUUCCUGCUGAAGAAGUCAAUUCUGUCAUAACAGAAAAUCAGCCCAAGCCCACCUUAGUCGAUGGUCAUUUCGUUUUAUCCAACAGUGAAAUUGACGAUUCAUUUUUUGUGCAGCCUGGAGGGCCUUCUCAAACAUCUAUCCUUGAACACUCUCAAUCUGUUUCAGACGAUGAGGACAUUAGCAUGAGCCCUUUAGCGACAUUAAAUCAUGCUCAGAGUGUUCGAAUCAGUCAUGGUGUAACAUUCACUGCCGGUCAACUUGAAUUCACUAUCACUGCAUUACCACUCAAUCAACUUCGCUUGAUCCGAGCCUUCACAGCAGCCAGAAAAGGAGAUUUGUCUCUGUUAAAAUUGAUUUUUGACGAAAGCGUAUCAGGUGGUAUCAUGUCACCCCACAUUAUGGUAACACCCACUAUAGAUACUGACCACCAUAGCUAUUCCACUAUCGCGGUAAUGACAGAAGAAGGCCUGAAUGUCAAUAUCGAGUACCAAUUGCCUGUGUACGAUGAUGAGUCUAUAUUUUCGUACAGUAGUGGGCGACGACGAACGUCGGAGCUUGUACAACGACUGGCUGUUCCAGUCUCUCCUAUGUCUCCAAUGCCUCAAAUCAAGCAGGAGAGACAGCCCCAUCGCUUGUUGCUUCAUGUAGCCAUUGAGAAGAGAGAUGUGGCCAUGGUGAGGUUCUUGCUGGAGAAAGACGCUGAUGUAAACCAGUGUUCUGGAGAGUUCAACCAAAAUGCACUGCAUCUGGCUGCGUUGUUGAACCUAGAUGAGAUCAUGGUGGAACUGCUUAGAUAUGGCGGAGAUAUUGAGAUCAGAGAUGCCAAGCAGUUGCAGCCACUAGCACUCACUUCUAGUUACAACAUCAGGCGGUUGUUGUUGGGAACAAUGCUACUGUGUGCAGCUAGUGACACAGGAGACAUAGAUGAGGUUGUAAGGCUAGUGAGCACAACGUACAUCAGUCCAAAUGGUCGGGGACUGCGCCACAAGAGUGCACUGCAUCUGGCCUCUGCCAAAGGUCAUAAAGUUGUUGCAAAGUUUCUCCUUCUUAAUGGGGCUGGUGUGAACAAUAAAGGUGGCACUCGGCAACGUACACCCUUACAUUAUGCGAGUCUCAACAAUCAUGUGGAGGUGUCAUCCAUACUGUUGGAAGCAGGUGCUAAUGAGUUUGCUCGUGAUGCCUACGGCUACACACCACUCAACCUUUCGAUGGGAGGGGAGAUGUGCAAACUGUUACACAAGGAGCCGCUCUCAUUAUGCCUGGCUGUUCAAAGUGGAGAUAUUGAGAGUGUGUGUCACAUCCUGGCCAAUUGUGAGGAGCAAGCUGGGAAUGAUGACCAGGAGAGACUGGUGGAUCAACGCAACCAGCAGUCCCAUGCACCAUUGCACCUUGCUUGCACAGCAGGAAAUUUAGCCAUGGUUCGAAUUUUGGUCUCUCAUGGUGCUAACCUCAACCUUCCUGGUGGAUCUAAUGGCUGGACCCCACUGUUUUAUGCAGCAAUGGCAGGUCAUGAACAGAUCGUCGAGUUCCUUCUUUCUGUUGGGUCAAGUACAGAGAUACUAGAUACGGAUGGGAAAAGUAUGCAACAUUGUGUGGAAAAUUCCAUGGAGAAAACAGCUGAAAGACUGACGAAACUUGAUAAGAGUGGUCGUUUGGUGUCAGUGGUAGAUUCUCCAUAUAUUCAGGUUGCUGAUCCCACGACAAUGAUUAGACAGGAGAGUGCUUCAUCUUGUUCCCCUGAGAGCGAGAACACCUGGUUGUCUACACGUUUCCAGCAGCUGAAACUUGUGUCACAAUUGUUGACAUCUGGACCGGACAGACUGCUGAAGGCCAUCGAAACAAAAAACUUGUCGGACUUCAGAGAACUACUAAACUCACUUGCUGUUGAUCCAAACACCCAAGUCGAUAAAUACUGUCCUUGCUCUGCGAUUGUGAGAGUGUGCGAGGAUGGCCUGUUGGAGUUUGUGAGGGCAUUAGUGGAAAAAGGAGCUAAUAUUAACGUAGAAGGCACUGCUGAUCAAAUUCCUCUUCAUGCUGCAGCCAGGGCAGGGAGAGCUGAUAUUGUUCAGCUACUAGUUGAAAGUGGAGCUAACGUUGAAAUGAAGAGUGUGGAUACUGCGACCACUGUUCUUCAUGAGGCAGCACGCUCUAAUAGUCUGGAUACAGUGGAGUACUUGCUAUCCAUUAAAGGAGUGGAUAUCGACGCUACUAACAACAGUGGGGAAACGUCUUUUGACUGCUCAUCAGCUGUAGAAAUCAGGAGAAUGCUAGCAUCUGGAGCCAAUCGACUGUUAAUAGCAGCAUCGAUUGGGGAUGACAACGAAGUUAAUCGUUUGGUUGUGGAGGAAAAGAUUGCAGCAUCCCAGGAAUUCAAGCUAGGUCUAACUUCCCUUCAUGAAGCAUGUGAUGCUGGGCACUUGUCCACUGUGAAACUUCUUUUAGAUAUGGAUGCCAAUGUUAACAAACAGACCCAUGUGUCUCUGUUAUCUCCAUUACACAUCACUAGUCGAAACAACUUCAUUGAUAUUGCUAAAAUUCUUUUGCAAGCUGGUGCCAAACUAGAUCUGAAAGAUAGCGAUGGAAAGGUCCCAUUUGAAGUCGCUUAUACUAAUCAAAUGAGGAAGGUACUCGUGGAAGCAAGAACACUUCGAGCCCCACCUAUCAUACUUGAUCAAGGCAACAGCUCUGGUUUAAAGAAGUGUAUGAUUUGCAUGGACAAUGUCAUCAACACAAUAAUCCUACCUUGUGGACAUCAGGCAUUCUGUACGGAGUGUGUUUCCCGCAUCAGUAUUUGUGCCCUGGACCGUCAAGCCAUUGGAGAAGUAAUCACAGUGUACAAAUAACAUGUUUUGAAUAAUUAUAGCACAUUAUUAUUCUUUUGUGUCAUGCAACAACAUUAUUUUUGUCUUGCGACAACUAUAGAGUGUGUUUCAUUACAGCAG